AAUAUAAACGAGAAUUAAUUAAAAAGUAGGAAAAGUAAGAAAAAGAAAUUAAAAUUGUUUACAAUUAUCUAAAUAAAAAAAUGCAAUAAAUACAUAUUGCAUUUUUCUAUUUACUUUAAUUUCGCAAUAAUUGUUACAAGGUGAUUCUGCAAAACGCAUAUAUUUUUUUGAAGAUGGAUUUUGUAAUUAAAAGUUAUAAAUAUUGAAAAAAGAUCUGCAACAGGCUUGUUUUCCACAUCAGAUUUUUUUAAGUGCGGAAUAAAAAUUGUUUCUAAAAAAAAAAAAAAAAAGGCGCGAACUAUCUUUGCGUAUUAAGUAUUGAAAAUUGUAACCGGGCGAUCUUUCGCUUAAAAAUUUGAUCGUGCGAAAAAUACGUAAAGUGGGGGAGGUUCAGCUUUACACACGGGUAGCCUCGGUGCACAGUUCGAAAUGUAACGUGCUCUAUUUCGAUCACGGUAGCGCUUGCUGCGCGAAUUCCGUAGGAGGCGAGAGAAAGAGGGAGACCAGCGACAACUUCCUCUGGGCAAUAUGGGUUGACGCGGCGGGGACGUGGGCGCGGGUGGUCCGCGCUCACGUGUCUCAGAACGUGCGGCCGACUUAUCGCGGCCGAGGAUCGUGUCUAGGCCGGGAGAGGCGGCCGAGAGCUUAGUGUGCCGGCGACGCCGGCGUGUCAGUUUGCUCGUGGAAAUCGGCGAGCGUCGGACCUUCCAAUUGCCGUCGUGCGCCUCCAGCGAUUAACCGAGCGAUCAUAUACCGUAAAAGCGCCUACCCCCUUCCUUCCCUCCGUCUCUUUCACUCAACUACCCCCUUUUGUCUUAAAGAGCCGCGAUUAAAAAAUGUAGGGAUGAUGAGAGAGAUGAAUCACAAACUUUAGGCGAGUGCGUGUACGUGAGAAAGAAAGCGGCGAUUUUGGAGAGCGUUUUUUUUUUCGAGAAAGAAUCAUACUUCGAGAGGAAGAGCGCAGAAUGGAGAAAACAUCCGUGGAGGACGCCAAGGUGUUGGAUUCGGGAUACUCCAACACUUGCAGCAACAGCCAGUCGCAACGCAGCAACGGCAGCUCGAAUUCGAGGAACAGCAUUCACUCCGAGAGCAGCGGUUAUUACAGCAGACGUUCCUCGAUCUUCGAAUCUAGCGAUAAGGCGCUACCGCGACCGAUCAGCAAGAAGGACAAGGAGCACAAGAAGAAGAAGUUGAAAACGGUGACGGUGCUUGACGCUGCCGAGGCGGAGGCUGAUUCGAAGACAGUGAACGCGCUGCCGGAAGUCGCGUAUAACGUCGCGCCGGCGAGCGCCGUACUUGACAAGAAACCAGAAGAGGUAACCACCGUAGAAUUGGUGGACGCAACGGAUCCCGGCGAGCACAACGGCGACACCGUUGCAGAUCCGGAAGCAGGACUUGCUUCGCGGGUGGCCCCCCUGGACGAUUCCACGUCUCAGGCCAACGAAGGGUUUUGCGCUGUGAUUUCGAUGCACGAUGGUCUCGUGCUGUACACAACCCCGUCAAUAUGCACGGCCCUUGGCUAUCACAAAGACGCCUGGAUCGGUCGAUCAUUUAUUGAUUAUGUGCAUCUGAAGGACAGGACCACCCUGGCCGAUCAGAUUACCAGCGGCGUCGCUUCGCCGCAAGAGGAACGAUCAAAGGAUGUCAACGGUAAAAGGGCGAGCCUGUUCUGCGGUCUGAGGAAGUAUACUAAGUGCAACGUGUCGAAUAGGUAUCGCACGGACGCCAGGUCGAACCUGUACCUGCCAUUCCACCUGACCCUGUCGUUCCGGGACUUCCGGGAUCGGACGGCCGAGCAACAGCUCAACAACCGAGCUAUGUUCCUCGUAGUUACUGCUCAACCCGUCCAUUCCGCAUACAAAGCGCCAGAAGAAACAAUAAUAUCUUCGGUAUUCACAACUCGCCACACCGUUACGUGCCACCUAUCUUACGUCAGUCCCGACAUAGUCAAAUACCUUGGCUAUCUCCCGCAAGAUAUGAUUGGCCGUUCGCUGUUUGACUUCUACCAUCCUGAGGAUCUACCUUUCAUCAAAGACAUCUAUGAGACCAUGCUCAAGCACGAAGGCUCCCCAUUCAGGUCGAAGCCGUACAAGUUCGCCGUGCAGAACGGGGGCUACGUCGUUCUCGAUACCGAGUGGUCGUCCUUUAUCAAUCCCUGGACGAAAAAACUAGAAUUUGUCGUAGGUCAGCAUCGUGUGCUCAAGGGGCCAUUGGAUCCGGACGUCUUCCGGGUGCCGCGCGAUACCGAUUGCGGUUACCUGGCCAGUAUCAGCGAGGAAGUGCUGAAAGAGGCCAAGAUCAUCCAGGACGAGAUACGGGCGCUUCUCGAUGAGAGCAUCCAGCGAACGUCAGAUAUAACCGAGCACGACGUGUCAAAGCGAUGUAAGGAUCUAGCGUCCUUCAUGGAAAGUCUGCUACAGGAGACGAAGGCGCCGGUGGUCGACAAUGACGGACUGCUCGCGGCGGACGAACUCAGGAGCUUUUCGGGAUCACGCAAUCCCUUGUUGCAGGAGCACGACAGCGUGAUGCUCGGUGAGAUCUCGCCCCAUCACGAGUACGACAGCAAGUCCUCAACGGAGACGCUACCGAGCUACAACCAGCUCAACUAUAAGGAGAACAUCGAGCGCUUCUUCAAGAGCAAACCGCCGAUCGCGACUAUGUACGGCAGCGACGAAGAGAACGUCAAUUCCAGCAACGACGAGGGCGCACGAAAGUAUAUGUCGCCGAUGAACGGCAGCGGGGCGAGCGGCACCGGUAGCGCGGAGAAUCUGAGCAGCGGUUCCAACAAUCAAACGAGCUCGGCGAGCCGAGGCGACGUGUCCAACACCGCCAGCAACAGCAAUACCACCGCGACGGAGAGCUUCAAGCCGCCCACGCUAACGGAGUCGCUGUUGAAUCGCCACAUCGAGGACAUGGAGAAGCUGAUGAUACAGAAGCAUCGGGAGCUGCGCUCCAGCAUCAAGAACAGCGACAAGCUUAAGGAUUCGCGUAUCAAGACGGAAAAGGUUAACGGUGGUGCGGAUCAGAGCGCCCGUGCCAAUCAGGGCCACGGGGUCAAGAGGAGCGGCAGUCAUAGCCGGGAGGGUGAUAACUGUAAGGUAUCAAAGCACGAUAAAAUCUCGAGGACAAGCACAGCAGGUCCGGCGAAUCUUACAACCACCGUUACCAACAUGAGUUUCGAUCAGACGACUGUGGUACAACCACAAGCAAACAUCAAUCUUUGGCCACCGUUAUCAGUCACUGUACCCUCCGCCGCACCUACUCAAUCUUGUGUUUCGCCUCACAACACCAACUUGGAGGCCGUAUCUAGAUUCUCCUUAUUCCCGUCAAUGAUACCGGUUUACUAUGUGCCGGUACCGUCAUCCAAUGAAUCUGCGACAACAAUGUCAUCGUCGCAGGAGAAGUUGAGUCUACCGCAAUCAUCAACGCAAGCGACACAACAGAAUCCUUACAUGUUUGCUCCAGUAUCCUAUGUCGCGACGGCGAUGGCCGGGAUGAUCUAUCCAGCGGUGAUCGGCACGCCUCCGCCGCGCGCUAUGAUGUAUCGACCCUUUCUGAUACCCGAGCAAGCACCGGCGGUGACGACGCGCGAAAACCAACAGUCCAAUGAGAAGUUUCUGGAUCACAAACGACCGGCCAGUCAGGCGACCAGCAUCAAGGCCGAACCGGGGAGCAUAAUGGCCAUGUCUGAGAAGGUUUUGUCACCCGGCGAGCUGUUCUCGUCAUGCGUGAGCAACGACGGUGGAUGCUCAAGCGUGGUGGAUCUCCUGAUACCGGUGAUGAAGGAGCAUCGCCGGCCGACCGACUACAACAACGACGAGUCGAGCACAUCCAGCUUCUACAGUAGCUUCCUGUACAAAAGCAGCGACAGCAGCUGCAAUCCGGAUCAGAAGACGUGCGAAGUCUCCUCCGAGGUAGAGAAUCAAACGGCGCAAUGCUCGAAAGAUGUUCAAGGGAUGUCUCGAUCAUUCGAACACACCAAGUGCCAUCAGGGAAUGCGAAGGAGGGAUCCACCUUGGUUGGAGGGCGUCCAACUGACACCGGAGUUGAUCUACGAAUAUCAGAUGCAUCCGAAGACUCUGAACGAGGUGCUGAAGGCCGAUCUGGAUACCAUGAAGAACCUUAAUCAGCCGUUACUGGUAAAUAAUCAACUGGGACAGCUCUACUUGGAUCUGGAGGUAGAAGGUUUAGGCACCGAACUUAUUCUUGAAGAAGGGAUUACGUCGAGCGGAAGCGACAGCGGAAGUAGCAACGGCAGUUGGACUGAAUCGCAGCGUAAACAGAGAAGAAGAACGGUGAAGUACGGCAAACUAGUGAUGAUCCACGAGGAGAAUGCACCUCUACCGCCUCCGUCGCCGUCUCAGACUGUAUCUUGCCAGCGUUCAUAAAAGUUUUCGAUUCGCCACGAAUUAUCUCGAAAGACAUUCAAAGUUACCGUUUGCUUCGUCAUGAUCGCAUUUCUUUCCAAUUGAAAGGAUUCAGAGAGUUAAGGCAGUAUUCCUUGAAUCGAGUAAACCUUUCUUACUGAAAGAAAGAAGAUUAUUAUAAACGCAUUGUAUUAAUAAACAACGAAUGAAAAGCACUCGGUGAGAAAUACGUGACUUUAUCGACAUUUUAAUAACAUAAUACCAGGCUCUUAUGUCUUUCUUGAAAGGAUUAAUUUUUAUUUAAGCUAGGACAAUUCAUUAAGGUAGAUCACACACGUGUAAUAAAUGUGUAUUGAGAAAUUAAUUAAGUCGUGAGACAGACCAACCAAAGUACAAAGCUCGAAUAGACUUUUCAAGUUGCCUUAGCUAAGCUACGAGUUUGAAUGAAUUUCCUAAAAUUUUUAGCGCAAAGUAAAAGCAUAAUUAUAUAUUUAUGAGAUUUGCAUAUACUUGAGAUAUUUGCAUCUACAUUAUAUAUAUAUAUAUAUGAAUGUGUUUUUCAGAGCUAUCGGAUGUUUUUUCAUAAAUGCAAAUUACCGCUAGAAAUUUCAUGAUUAAGGUUCUUUAGAAACCUUGUCAAGAAUUGGUAAUUGAGAUAUUAACUAUUAGAAAUGUGUGUGUGAUGACGUUUUCUCCGCGUCAAAAAAGUUAUCCGCGUAAUAAAAAAGGAGUUUAUUGCGAACUGUACAUAUAUACAAUUUUCAGUACUGUUUGUGUAAUUUUGUAUACAUUUUUGUGUCAUAAAUUAAAAUAACUAUGCAUAUAAAUUGACCGAAAGAUUUCUAUGAUCGAUUUUGCAUUAAUUAAGUGAAUAGUAUGCAUGAGUAGAGAAUUGGAAGAUGACACUUUUGAUACGCUCUUUGCGCAAUAAUACAUUUUCUAUUGCUAUCUAUUUUUUUGAUGUUCUAUUUUUCAUGUUUAUAUGUAAGAAUCCUUUUUAUAAAUAUAUAUAUAAUAUAUAAAAUAUGUAUAUUUUAUAUAAAUUUAUAUAUUUAAUAAAUAUGGAAAGAUAUGUUAAUGAUGACACGAUAUGGACGAAUGGAACGAUAUUUAAUAAAAAUAUAAAAAAAUUAUUUCGUGCAUAUCUGUGAAAUUAAUUGUGUAAUGAGUACUAAGUUUAAUUAAAUUUCUUUUUGUACACGAUUAUAUUUUUUGCUAAAUGUGGUUCUUUUUGUACAUGGACGGUGAAGACAAACAUGAAUAUAUCGAAUAUCUCAAAAAGAUAUAUAUUAACAGUAAGAUUUUCUUCUUAUAUUACUUUGUAUGUUUUUUUAAUUCUAUACAAUUCUCAGUAUUAAUUGUGUUACAUUUGCGAUAUACUUAAUGUAAAAAGAAAAGGAAGAAAUAACUCUUCAUAAAUCUAUUGGAAAAUAAUCGAUUGUAAUUACAUAAAUUAUUUACUUCAUAUUAAUAUUAACUUCAUAUCAACACAAUCAGCGAGUAUUUAUUUAUUGCUGUAAAAUUGCGUUCUUUAACAACCCAGUAAGUACACGUCAUUUUGACAUCAGAAUUGGGUCAGUUUGAACCAAAAGUGACGUUAUGUAAUGACAUAAAAAUGACACGAAAUAUUGACGGAUUAAUGUCACAGACCAAUGACAAUAUUUUAAGACGUUAAAAAGACGUGACUUUAUGAUUAUUUUAGUAACGUUCCAAAUAGAUUACAUAACAAAAUCUAUUAAUAACGUUUUAAUGAUGUUUAUGACAUCAAUAUUAUUUAGAUGUCGUAAAAUGUCAUUCUGCUACACAUAUGAAACUCGAGCAUGUAUAAUCGAAUCUUUCUCUAUAACGUAAAUUUAUGAAAAGUGAAAAAUAUUUUUUAACGAAUAUUGAAUUUAGGUAUUAAAGUUAAUAAAAAUUUUUAUUUUUUUAAACACAAAACAAAUUCAGCAUUAAAGCCUUGGAGUAAAGAAUUUUGAAUAUUAAAGUUAUAUACAAAUUAUACACAAAAUUGUUUCAUUGGAAACUCAGUCUUUAUUUUUAGUCUGCAAAAAUAAAAUACUUAUAUAUACAUAUAAUUUAUAAACAUAUAUAAUUUAUUAUUUAAGAUUUAUUAUAUUUAUUAUAUUCCAAAUGUAGGAAAAUAAUAUUAUGCAAAUUUGAUUUGAAAAGUAAUAUAUAAAGUUCAAACUUAUAAAUGAAAAUAAAAGUAUUUAACAUACUAUAUACUUUUUGGACUAUACUAGAACACUACAUUGCGCUUUAGCUUUUUUAUACUAAACAUUGUACUUUUUUAUUUUCUGUAUUUAUAUUGAUUUUAUUUACACUAAAUUUAUUUCUCUAAUGUUGUACCUCACUCUAUACAUUUUAUCUGUGUAUUUGAGUAGUAAUAAUUUUUACAAUACAAUAUUCCAAAUAUUAUAUUCUAUUCUUUUUAAAACGUUUCUGCUCUUGUUUUUUUAAAAUAUUUAUUCUUAUUUUUAAGAUAUGUACUUUUCUUUACUCUUUUCCUUUUUUUUUAUAUUGUAAUUUUUUUUACUUAAUUUUUCUAAUGUUUUUCAUUACUCUUAAUUUGUAGUUUCUCUUUAUUACAUUUUUAAAAUGUCUAAUUUUGAUUCGAUUGAUAUUCCAUCUGUCGCUUCUUGCUCUUAUGUUGGUUCGACGCGUUGUUCUUCUCCGAUACCUUUUUCUCGUCAAAAUUCUCCAAGUAUUUGUAAUUAAUUUUUCUUUAAUAAAUAUCUUUUUUUUUCUUUUUCUUACAUUUUUAGUUUUCUCUUUUUUAAUUUCAAUUUUAUUUGUCUAGCUCAAUUGGAUUCUUCGGUUAAUUCCUCUGUAAAUCCUUUGGAAUUGUUAUCACCAAAUGAAUUAUUUGAUUUCUUGCAAAAUUUCGAUUCUGCAGUAUAAGUUUUUUUUUCUUUAACGAUUUUAUAAUUUUUUCUUCCUUUUUAUUUAUUUUUUUUUGUUUAAUUCUAUCUUUUUUCCUGUUUUUAUUCUUUCAAUAUGAUUUAUCUAAUAUAAACUUGUUCUUUCGUUUAUAUUAUUCUUUUCUAUUUUAUAGAAAAGAAAAACUCAAUUUUUAGUCAGUAUUAAAAUGGAAUUUACAAUUUUUAUUUAAAAUAUGUGCUCAAAUAUUAUUGAUUACGUCUCGUAGUAUCAAUAAUAUUUGAGCUCAUAUUUUAAUUGAUUUAUCUUUAAUACAGUGAAAUUGUCGGAUACGUUGAUGGUUUAGAGUCUCCCCGAUUUAUUGGGGAUAAAAAACAAUUUAAAUUUUUUAAAUUUUACCUUAAUAAUGAUAAAGGUAAACAUAUCCAAGUAGUGGUUUGGAAUGAUGAUAUUAAUCUAAUUAAAAAUGAGAUCUUUUUGAAUAAUGUAAGUUUACUGUUUCAUUAAAUUUCUGUACAUUUUAAAAGAAAAUUAUAAUUUUUUAAUAUUUACUUUAUGCUUUUAAUAUAUAUAUAUAUAUAUUUAUUUACUUUUUUAUUUUUCCUAAAUCCUUUUUUCCUUAAUUUCUUUAAUUUUUAAACAAUUAAUUUUAUUUAUUAUCAAAUAACCUUGUUAUACUCCUUUACAAUUGAAUUUUCUAGAUUAUCCAUUUAGAUGGUGUUUAAGCUAGGCUUCCUAAAAAUUCUAAAUAUAAUAAUGGGAAUGUGCCUUUUGAAUUAUUAAUACGGCACAAUACUUUAAUUUAAUCAAACAACACUAAUUCAAUCAAAUUCGUCAACACGAUAUUUGACUGCAGAUCUUGUAUUAACAGUGACUUAAAAAUUAUGACAUUACACGUUUUUUCAAUUUAAGGCAUCACAAAUAUGAUGUUUAAAAUUAGGCAUUAUUUGAUCAUGAAACGUCAUUGGAUCAACUAUGAUCAGUUUUCGACGUCAAAAUGAUGUGUGCUCUCUCAUGGAAAUAUUUUAUUGAAAAUCUUUUAAUUGGCCCAUUUUAUUAAAAUUUAUUAAAUUUAUUUUAUGAUUAUUGAACAAAAAAAUAAAUGUUAUAAAUUUUAAUAAAAUUUAAAUUAAUAAAUUUUAAUGGAAAGGGGUCAAUUAAAAAAAAAAAUUUAGUAAAAUAUUUUAGUAAUAUAUUUAGAGUUUGCACAUGGGAAAAGUUCAUUAUCUAUAUAUAUAUAUAUUUUGUUAUUUAUAAGAAAUAUUUGGCUCAAAAGUUGCUAAUAAAUUACGCGAGAAUGUGCAUUUUAUUCGAGAUACGUACAAUUACAAACUGUUGCUUGUAACUUUUAGUUAGAUUAUGAUUAAGUAAAUACACACACACACACACACACACACACAAAAUCUACCACCAAUUACACAUUCGCGUGUAUUACACAAUAUCUGCGAUGCACGCUAUAGUGAUUUGUAUAUUUAGCGUUUUUAUAUCUCUAGAAGAUAUUUUGGAUUAAAUUACAUAUAGAGCGAUAUAAUAAGGUAAUACCUGUUUCGUUUGUCUAUAUUUUCUAUGUCAGUUUGUUCGGGCAAUUAAUGUUUUUGGAUAGAUAUAGUAGGAUGCUAUAUUAUAUUAUUCGCGCCUGAUAACGCUCCAUUUACUGGAAUUUCGUAGAUCUAUAUUUGAAAUAUUGUGAAGUAUUGAAAAUCCCGUCCAAGAAAUUUCUAAGACUAUUAGAAAAAGAAGAUAAACGAGUUAAAAAAAACAAUAUAUCUUAAUAUGAUAUGUAAUUUUACUGUAUUUUCUGUUAAACUUGAUUUCAUAUUCUGAUGAAUUUUUUUUAUACAAUUAUAAUACUGGGCAGUAUUAAAUUGGCUAAUAAUUAAAUACUUUUAAUAUUUAAAAUAAAUAAUAAUUACUGGCCAAUACUGCCAAGUAUUACAUUUUUACAAGGAUUUGUAAACGACUUAAGUUUGAUUAAAAUAUAAAUUUAUCCCUGAUAAACAAGUUCUGAAUAAAUAAAGUUUAAAGCGUGGCGCGAGGUAAAACAAUAACGUGUACGGUGAGUCGAUUUUGUAAUUAGUUAAAUUUAAACUUGUGUAUACAAGUCACGUGUUUGAAAAUAACACGUUCACGCGAAAAUCGAUUGACUUCGCUGAUCACAUAAUCGGAGGCACGGAGUUAUGUAAUUGCAGUCCAGGUCCGUGUCGUUUGACAAACGAAUCUAUUUCAGGAAAUUGUGGACCAGUAAAUUUAGCGCAGAUUUAAUUUUAACGCCAUUCAUACGAUCCAUGCGAUUGGUGAUGUAUACAUACGUACAUUUGAGAAAAAAAGAUAUUUUGUGUACUACGUAUUUGCACGUGUCGCGACAAAAAGUGAUUGACACGCGGAUGUAACUAUUGUACAUCUCUCUCGCGAUCAAAGGCGAUAUUUUAUACAUACACCAGCGAUUAAGCGCGACUCUGUUUUCAUGAAACAUUCGCGAGAUCUAGUCUGGAUUAUAUACGACUGUAUUACUUUUGCAAAUGGUUUUUCAUUCAGAAAUUGUUUUGCAUAGCGAUCUGUAUCUUAAUAAAGGUCUUUCUAAAUGUA